AUGGAGGAGUAUGAGCAGUUAGGUCAUAUGAGAGCACUGACCGCCGAGGAAAUUCGAGAGGACUCAGGGACAGUAUUCUACAUCCCACACCACGGCAUCUGGCAGCGCAGCGACGGAAAAAACAAACUAAGAGUAGUUUUUAAUGCCUCUCGCGACACCUCUACAGGUCUCAGUCUCAAUGACUCACUCCAUUCGGGCCCAAAGUUACAAGGACAUAUAGCGACGAUCAUCACACGCUGGCGAAGACACCGAUAUGUUUUUUGUGCAGAUGUUCAAAAAAUGUUUCGACAGAUCUUAAUGGAUGAGAGAGACUGUCAUCUUCAGCGUAUCGUCUGGAGCCCAUCAUCCGACUUGCCAGCUAAACAUUUCGUUCUCAGGACUGUCACCUACGGCACGGCUUGUGCCCCCUAUCUCGCACUUCGCACCCUGCAGCAACUCGGCGAGGACGAAGGACAUCGGUUUCCACUGGCCCGCGAAUUACUUAAGAGAGACCUUUACAUGGAUGAUUUUUUGAGUGGUAGCCAUGACCUCGAGACAGCAAGGAGCCUUAGAGAUCAGCUUAUCGGUCUGCUUAGGGCGGGCGGCUUUCAUCUACGCAAGUGGGUGGCCAACGAGCCUGGACUGCUUGAAGACAUACCCGCUGAGGACCGUUUACGGGCAGACUGGGUUCAACUCUCUACCAAUGGACCAGUGUGCGAAUUAGGCGUUAUUUGGGAUCCAGUGACGGAUCGUUUCAAGUUUCGCCCUGGAGUCGUUGAUCCGCCUCCAAGUCUUACCAAGAGAACUGCUCUGGCAGAGCUCGCUGCCUUUUUUGACCCAGCAGGUUGGUUGACCCCGCUGACUCUCGUGGCCGACUUCGAUUGGGACGAGAAACUCCCGGGCAGCUGGCUAAAUAGAUGGCUGACAUUUCGCGACAGAAUCCGAGAGGCUGCAGAAUUCACCAUUGACCGCUGGUUUGGUAGUAUUCCCGGACAAGAUAUGCAGUUGCACGCCUUCGCAGACGCCAGCAGACGUGCUAUUGCUGCUGUCGUUUACGUCAGAGCCACCCACAGUGAUGGCAAAAUCACUACCACCAUCCUAGAAGCGAAGUCAAAGCUGGCUCCAGUCAAGAGUCUGCUCCCUACCACAGAGAGAUGA